UCCAUUAAAACAAUGUCCUCCAGGGAAAGAUCCUCAAAGGACAUUUGAUCUCACAAGCUUUGGAAUUCUUUCGAGGGACCUAACCCGGAAACCAGCCGGCAGCACUCUGAUUCUGAGCCUAUAUUCCUUGGAUUCGCUAGGAGAUGAGCACUUCUCUUAAUUACAAGUCUUUCUCCAAAGAGCAACAAACUAUGGACAACUUAGAGAAACAGCUUAUUUGUCCAAUAUGUUUAGAGAUGUUUUCUAAGCCAGUGGUUAUCCUCCCCUGUCAGCACAACCUGUGCAGAAAAUGUGCCAGUGAUAUCUUCCAGGCCUCGAACCCAUAUCUGCCAACCAGAGGAGGCACCACUGUGGCUUCAGGGGGUCGAUUCCGCUGUCCCUCUUGCAGACAUGAAGUAGUUUUGGACAGGCAUGGAGUCUAUGGUCUUCAGAGGAAUCUGCUGGUAGAAAAUAUAAUUGAUAUAUACAAGCAGGAAUCUACCAGGCCUGAAAGAAAAACUGAGCAGCCAAUGUGUGAAGAGCAUGAAGAUGAGAAAAUCAAUAUUUAUUGCCUGAAUUGUGAAGUGCCCACAUGCUCAAUGUGCAAGGUUUUUGGUGCACAUAAAGACUGCCAGGUUGCACCCCUCACAAAUGUUUACGAAACACAUAAGUCUGAACUCAGUGAUGGCAUUGCAGUAUUGGUGGGAAGUAAUGACAGAGUACAAGGAAUAGUAACUCAGCUGGAAGAAACCUGUAGAGCAGUUGAGGACUGUUGCAAAAGACAGAAGGAGCAUCUAUGUGAAAAAUUUGAUUGUUUGUACUCAAUUUUGGAAGAAAGAAAAAGUGAAAUGACACAAGUCAUCACUAGGACCCAGAAGGAGAAACUGGAACAUGUCCGGUCUCUGAUGAAAAAGUACACAGACCAUUUGGAGAUGGUGUCAAAACUGGUGGAAUCAGGCAUCCAGUUUAUGGAAGAGCCAGAAAUGGCUGUGUUUUUACAGAAUUCCAAAGCAUUGCUUCAAAAAAUUACCGAAGCCUCUAAAGCAUUUCAGAUGGAAAAAAUCGAGAAUGGUUAUGAAAGUAUGAGCCACUUCACAGUCAAUCUCAACAGAGAAGAAAAGAUAAUAAGGGAAAUUGACUUUUCCAGAGAGGAGGAGGAGGAAGAUGAGGAUGUGGCUGAAGGAGAAGCAGUCCACACAGAAUCAUCUGGUGAGGAAGAGGGAGUAUCUGAGCAAGCAUCUCAACAACUACAGCAGAAUGCUGUGCCAGAAGAAAUGCCAGCUGUUUCUCAGACUAUCCUACCAUCAACAUUGCCACCGCCACCAUCCAUGAAUGCUGCCUCUUCCGAUAAUCAGGGUGAAACUGUGCUGACUACAACCCAACAAUCUGCAGGACUAGUAGACAUUGAAUUGGCAUCAAGAGGAGAGCUGAUUGAUCCUUUGUUUUAUCCUAGCUGGUAUAAAUCUCAGCAACAACAAACAAGCAAUUCAAACACAACUUCAGUGACCGAAAAUAGGCAGGUAGGGCCUUGCAUUCCUGCAGAGGUGAAUGGAAAGAAGGCAGAAACUCCAGGAAUAGCUACUACUACAAAUGUGAGUUCUGCCAUGAAUGGUAAGGAAGCCAAUACACCCACAGAUACUUCACAGACUGGGUCUGAAGCAUCCCCUCCAGGGCAAGUGGAAGGACAGCCUAGGAGCAAUGAAAGAGUUGAUGAGCCAGCUCGCCAUGUCUUCUCUUUCUCCUGGUUGAACUCUCUGAAUGAAUGAUGACUCCAGCAGCAGGCCUCUGGAGGGACUCAUAGGCAGCAAAGCAAUGUGUCUCAAAGUGAUAACAAGCAGGACAUUUGAAGAAAAUGGUGGAUCAGAUUUUGUCCCUUCGCAUUAGAUCUGACUCCUCUGAGAUUUUCAGAAGCAGCUCCACAAUUUGAGAAAGGGGAUGGGGCCAAAAAAAACAAUAAGGAUCAAUUGCUAAUAAAAUGAACUGAAGACCAAGUUCAUAUCAGCUUUUGAGGUAAUGACAGAUAACAUCUGAUAAUCUUAUUAACUGUCUAGCUGACAUCCACAUAUGAGUACUCUGUUUGAUGGGGCUUUAUGUGACAGAUAAUCUAUGAUGCAAACAAGCAUGAUAAUUUCAAUUGAUCCUGAGUCUGCUUAAGCAAAAUUAAUGUCAAAAAGGAAUGUGUUUAAAAGAAAACAGGACAAUACUGUUGUAACAAGUAACAUGUUAAAAUCACUAUAUUCACCCAUUUGUAAAUGUCUUGGGCAUUUUCUUAGUUUUAUGGAAGUGAUUUAUCAGCAUUCUUGUAUAAAAUACCUGCCAUGUCUUUAUUAAAGCCAUUAUUACUGUUAAUAAACUUCUCAAUACUCAGGAAGUCUCUUCACCCAACCAAUUGUGGCAGAUCUUCAGUUAGAAUUCCUAACUGUAACUUUUCAGUAGGUCAUGGCUGCUUCUGAUGCACAGCGUUUGGCAAGACAGCCAGUCAUGCAGCAUGAUAGAUGUGAUCCUACUACUGAACAUAUGAGAUGACACACACCUGGCCCCCUCACCACCAACCAGCAAUAAAUUCAUUCACUAAUCCACAGCAGUUUUCCAGACAUUGAAAAAGAUGCAUGCUACCUUCUUUCUGCGUUCAUGUUGUUCCUUUCUUCUUUGUAAAUUAUUGUUGCUAUUAAUAAAGAUUUUUC